AUGGCAGUUAUUCACAUAUGGGAGAAAAGGGUGCACUCAGGAAGCCGAUACGGUUUCCAGCUGGGCAGGAAUGCUCCCUGCCAGGCCUGCCAGGUAGCUGAGUGGAGUGGAUGGUCCCCAUGGGGUGCAUGCUCCAUUUCGUGCAGGGAAGGGGUCCAGCGGCGCAGCCGAACAUGCCAUGGCCGGGCCUCUGGAGGCACUUGUCAGGAGGGUUCACGCCAGUGGGAAAUGCAAACCUGCAGCCUGAUGGCCUGUUGUCCUGUGGUGGGAGGCUGGUCAGCAUGGAAUGCCUGGAGUGCCUGCUCAGUGACCUGCCUCAGAGGGUUGCAGACCAGGGAACGAACUUGCACCAAUCCAGUACCAGACUGUGGAGGCACCUGCCUAGGAAGCAGCACGGAAACACUACCAUGUGACACCCAGCAAAUCUGCCCAACCCAUGGAAACUGGGGCAGCUGGGGGAACUGGGAGGCCUGCCCUUCCACCUGCAUUCCUGAAGGCUCGGCUCCAAAACCCAGGCAGCAGCGCAGGCGUCAGUGCAACAGCCCCCCGCCUUCCAGAGACCCCUUAGGCAACCGCUGCCAAGGAGAUGACCAAGAGCAUCGACUCUGCAGUGGAUUGCCCUCCUGUCCACAGGACGGCAACUGGGGCAGCUGGAAGCCUUCCAGCUCCUGCUCGGUGACCUGUGGGGUUGGCCGAGUGGUGGAGAAGCGCCUGUGCGACAACCCUGCGCCAAAGCAUGGAGGGAGGGGCUGCCUUGGGCCAGACACUCGCAGUCACACCUGCAACACCAAGGUGCCCUGCCCAGAUUCAGGCCUCAAGAGAUAUCGCUGCUGGAGACUCCGUUGCUGUGGUCCAUGCUGCCGCCAUUGCUGCUGCCUGCCCGCUUACGCGCGGGGCAUUGCCAUCUUCGCCGAGGUGCCGCGUUGCUGCCGGUGGACCUCACUGUUGCGGACUGUGUUGCUGCCAUCGCUGCCGCUGGUUGCGGGCGUCUUCAUCAUCGCUGAGGGCCGUGCCAUUGCCCAGGACACUAUCACUGCGGCGUAUACUCGUCCAAACUAA